AUGGAUGGCAGUAUGCGCUCCAGUGUGUCUUCCUACGGGGACCCGCGGUACCUUUCGACAGCAUCCGCUGCCCCUGCUCCCGUAGCGCCGCUGGGCAAGUCACUGGUAGACGGCUACCGGGAUUCCCUCGAUCCCCAACACGAGGACCGGACACGAUACAACCCAGUAGGUGGAAUACGACAAGAUCUCGGAUAUACCGCUGACAAUGGUGUGCAGCUCAACACCGCCCACCCGCGAAGCUCGGCUCUCCUGAAUGCCAACGACCCCGUCGCCCUGUACCUGUUGACCGAGACCGCGAUUGGCGACAGCACCAACUAUGAAGUGCUUUCCUUUGAGGAAGUGGAAAAGCUGAAGAAGGAGGCUACCGUGCUGUCGAGUCGGAUUGAAGGCACAAAGCGAAAAUUGGCGCUGGAGACAAAACUACGGGAUGCCGCGCAAUCGUUGGGAAGGCUGUACAGCCCGCCCAGUCCGCGCAGCAGCGGCGAGUAUGCUGCCAAUACACACCGGAGGAGUCGGAGUAUUUUUGGUCGUAGUGGGACGUCCGAGGCUCUUGAUAAGAGUGAUUCCGAGCUUGCGGUGAGCCAGCGGCGGUGCGAGCAGCUCGCGCAGGAACUAUGGAAGCUGGAAGGGAGGGCGCAGAAAAUCGAUCGGCGCUUGUUGGAACAUACCGCGGGUGUGCUGCAGAUGACGCACAAGGGAUUGAAGAAGGGGCCUAAGAACGCCGCCAUGGACAACGAUUUCGACGGGCAUGAGUUUGACGACCGAAGCCUCUACCGGACCCACGAACAUCUGGAUAGCUUUGGGGUACAUGGCAAAGUGCAGCCUGGCAUGCCACCUGCAAACAAUGAAGCCAUUCAGGCCAUGGAGCGACGAUUGGAGGAACUCAGCGAGCGCAUGCACGACAUGAUGAUUGAGUCCAACCCGGGUGAAUUCAUCGAUCCCCCUCCGCAGCUGUCAAGGGAGGGCGGACCCGUCACCUCCAAUGGUACAUCCGACGCACAUUUCGCCUACAUUAAGAAUGCCAUGGAAACCAUCGCCCAGCACAAAGAAACCGACCGUGCUAUGCCCGUGACCGCCGAGGUUGCCCCCGAGGCGGAAGGGGCCUGGAAGUACCAGCUCACUGAGAUCAACAACCGAGUGCAGACCAUUGUCGAUCGCUUUGGCCUCACUCGUUCCCCGACACUUCCCCCGCCUCCAGAUGCUACCCAUGGCGAGGGGUUGGAGGAGCAGCUUGCAUACCUCCGUACCGGUGUAGAUGGACUGGAAAGUCGAGUCGAGGGUGUUCUCGAGCAAAAGAGUAUUCUCACCACGCAAAUCCAACAGCAACGCGAACUCAACUCCAAGUCAGACGCCGAACGAGAUGCUCACAUCGGCGACUUGACAGAACAGUUGACCCAUGUCCGCAAAGACCUCGAAGUGUCUGAGCGCGAAUCCCACGCCAACCGCGACGAGUUGGCUUUGGUCAUGGGUCAACUUGAGCAGAUGCGUCACAGUGGUUCUUCCCAGGAAGAAUCCAAGGCUGCCUUGGUUCAGGCCGAGGGUGAAGUGGCACGCUUGCAGAGUGUACUCACCUCGCUACACACCGAGGCAGACGCCAGGACGAUGGAAGUAAGCGAGGCCCGAGAUGCCCAAGAACAUGCAGAGACUGAGCUCAAACGCCUUCAUGUCCAUCUGGAUUCGCUGCAGCGAGACCAUGAGGCUCAGUCUGAGGAAGUCAGUGAAGCCCGUGAUCGGGCUGAGGCUGAAGUCAAACAAUUGCACAUCGAAGUUGAGAACCUGCGAAACAGUUCCAACUCCAAGAGCGAGGAAGCGAUAGAAGCUCGCGAACAUGCAGAGAGCGAGGUUCGACGCUUGGAGGCCGUUAUCGUUACCAUGCAAUAUGAGGCCGAUUCCAAAUCCGAAGAGGUCAAGGAGGCUCGGGACCAUGCUCAGAGCGAGGUCCAGCGCCUGGAAGCUGUCAUAGUCACAAUGCAGCACGAGUCUGAUUCAAGGUCAAAGGAACUACAGGAAGCCCAAGAUCGCGCGGAAGAUGAAGUCCAGCAAUUGCAAAUCGACAUUGCAGCUUUGCGAACUGAGAACGGCUCCAAGAGCGAAGAGAUCAAGAUAGCCCUCGACCGUGCGGAAAGUGAGGUUGAACGUUUGCAGGGUGUCAUAGUUACCAUGCAACGCGAAAGCGACUCUCGGUCCAUGGAGGCCACAGAGGCCCGAGACCACGCAGAAAGCGAAGUGCAGCGCCUGGAAGCUGUGAUCGUGACAAUGCAGCACGAGUCCGAUUCGAGAUCGAAAGAUAUCAAAGAGGCCCGUGAUCACGCUGAAGACGAAGUCAAGCGUUUACAGCUUGUCAUUGAAAACUUGCAACACGACAAUGGUGCCAGCGAGGAACUCAAGGAGGCCCAUGGUCGUGCAGAGAGCGAGAUCCUGCGUCUGCAGGGCAUUAUUGAAACCAUGCAGAACGACAGCGGGGCUCGAUCUGAGGAGAUUAAUGGCGCGCGUGACCGCGCAGAGCAAGAAGUGGCCCAACUUGAAGCGGCCAUCCAGCAGAUCCGCAGUCAAUCUGAAACUCGCGUUCAAGAAGCAGACAGUCAACGCGCGAAAUCCGACGAGACCGCAGCUCGCCUACAGCACGAGAUGACCGAGCUCGAGGGCGAGAUUGUGCGAGUCACCACAGAACUGACCAUGGCCAAGGCAGAGCUGGACGGUGCGUAUGGAACCAGGGCUGAGCGUGCCGCAGCCACCGACCCCAACAUCCAGCGGGAGAACGACGCUCUAGUCACCCGGAAUAUCGAACUUACCGAAGAACUUGCUGUGCUCAAGAGCCAGCGCGGCGGUGGCGAUCUUCAGCAACGAGCGGAUACCCUCGAGCGGGAGCUCCGAGAAACCAUUGAUGACUAUGAGGCCAUGACCAAGGCUAGCAUUGAGUUCGAAAAGGAGCGCGAGCGAUUCGAGGAAUUCAUCGACAGUCUCCGAGAUCGUUGCGAGCAACUGGAAACGCAGCUGGCGGAGGAGCGGAUUAGCUGGAUGAACUUGAGUAGCCCGACUUCCGUUGGCCGUGAUGGUGCCUCUGAGACCACCUCGACCAUGGUGCUGAAGAACGAGUUCAAGAAAAUGAUGCGUGACACGCGCAAUGAGAACAUGAAGAUCCUGAGGGCCGAGCAAGAAGAGCGUCGUCGGAUUGAAGGAUUGCUACGAGCCCUUAGAAAGGAGCAUGCACAGGUUACAGGCAAGCCAGUCGCCAGUCCUGGCAGCACUCCCUUAUGA